AUGUUGUUUCCUCAACCCUCUUCCAGCCUAAGCAUUGCUUUGCUGAUCUCCUCCCUCUUGCCAUGGUUUGGUCUUGUUGGGGCUUCCCUUGUUCCUUGCAAUCAAACUGAGGAAUGUGAGGCUACUUUGGGAACGGGAUCCAUGUGUGGGGAGGGUGGGCUUUGUACUAAUACCUUCUACAACGGAGGCUGCCUCAAGAGCGUCCUACCUGAUUGGAACAAGACCAGGAUCUGUAACUCCCAGGACCCUCCUGAAGCCGAAGCCCUUGGUUACUGCAUCCAGUCCCCCAUGGGCUACACGGAGGUUCGUUUGGCAGCCAGAACCUGGGAAUCCGCUAACCUUAUGGCAUGGAUUUUGCAGAUCGUUCUGUCUGAAAUGCUGGACAUUCCUACUUCGAUUGAAACUGGUUUGCCUGAAGUAAACAUGAAUUUCUAUGAUGCCCAGUCGGGCAAUGAGUUCUGGAAGGCUGUGGCAUCCCCUGACUUGGUCGAAAUGAGUUUCUCUGCUCAAGUUGGGGACUGUGUGCAAAGUACUCAUGAUCCCAACAACUAUCAAGGUUGUUUCCAUGUCUACCCAGAACUCUGGCCCGAUGAUCUUUCAAAGAAGCUGGAAUUUGAGGGGGUAGAACCAUUCCAAGACAAUGGAUUGAUGGGUGAGAAUGCCAUGUUUAUGCCAAAGUUUGCUCUUGAGCAGCAUCCUUCUCUUGGUACAUACAUUGGCUUGCGCGGACAGAAGAACCGGCGCAAAAUUGCUGAGACCUUCAAGAGACCAACAAGGUGGGCACAGUACUGCAGGGAGGUAUCCUUGACAAGCUGUGCUGAAUCAGAUCCUAUAGCACAACGAGCCCCAGAGACUGAAGAGGAAGAGAUCAGCUUCUUUGUGGAGGGGUUGUACAGUGGCCACUUCCGUCACACUGAAGAGAGUAACUGUGACAAGUAUCCCGCCAGUUGCACAGGCCACUAUGUAGAUUUUGGUUGUGAAUGGCCAUCAUAUUCACAGCAGCAGGCACAUCACUUGGAUAUCGCAUUUGCCUUUGAGGGGCCAGAAGCCAAUGGAGGCUAUCCACACCAAGAAGCAGUCCAAAUCUGGGCUGCUGCCAACGCCACGAAGUCACCUGUAGCGAUGUAUUGGUGGAACCCUGAACCAUUGCCUGAACUGUACAUUGGGACCGAUGCAGAAUUCACAAGGAUCCUAUUUCCAGCACCAACACAGGAGUGUGUGGACCAUCGUGUUGAUCACCACUUGCUAUGCGAACCUGAAGCCACUAUUGAGGAAAAGAUGGGGGAUCCAAUGGGUGUCUGUGACACUUAUCCUCGAGCCCUCAAAAUCGGCAUGAGCACUGGUUUGGUCUUAAUCUCAGAAGACCCAAGUGUCGAUGAAGAGUUCUGGAGUCCAGCUCAUGAGGUGGCUUCAAGUUUUAGGGUGGACAACCUCCAAAUGGACCAAAUAUUUAAAUAUUGGCAUCAACGCAGCAGCGAUCCAGGAAACUUUGACCCAAGGGCUGGAGUCUGUCAAUGGGUUGGUGAGAACUUGGAACUCCUUCAAGCCUUCAUCCCUGCAUCCCAUCCAAGAGUGGUCAAGGAAGUUGAUACCCAUGGGGAGUCACUCUUCAAGGCUGCAUUGGCGAUUGCUAUCAUGGCAGCAGUGUUGGUCUCUGUCUCCAUAGCCAUCACUUUCACCAAGAGGAAGACAAAGGUAAUCUAUUAUGCCCAGUCUGAGUUUCUGUUUCUGAUUCAAGUUGGAAUGCUUCUUGCCGUUGGCAGUGCUGUUACAUGGUCUUUGAGCCCUUCUAGCGUCACAUGUGGUUUGACCAUUUGGUUGACAAAUAUUGGAUAUGUCCUUCAGCUGGUUCCUUUGUGGAUCCGUAUAUCUGCUAUCAACCAGCUGGCUGCCUCUGGAAAGCAAAUGCAGCGAGUCCGCUUGAACAUCUGGAAGUUAUAUGCCGUUGUAGCAGCGGCGGCCUCUCUUGUGGCUGUGUUCCUGCUUGUCUGGACUUUGGUGGAUCCGCCACAGGAACAGUUUCAGUACAAGCUGACUGAUCUUGUCACGCCAGCAGGAGACACAGUUGUUCAGGCCUUUGACUACUGCGGAUCUGAGAAUGACUUUUGGUAUUUUGUUCAAAUGGGCUGGAAGGGGGCUGUCUUGAUUCCGGCAUGCCUGAUUGCGUUUCUGACAUUGCGGGUGAAGGAAGAUUUGAAUGAUACAAGGAGUCUUGCUGUGAUGCUGUUCAUCCGAAUCUUCUUUCUCAUUGCCAGUCUCUGCGCAGGGCUACUGAUGCAGGAGGCAAAUGCAGCGUCUGACUUGAUGGGAUGCUGGAGCCUUCUGAUCAGUCUUGACACCAUUCUCUCAUUGGCAGUGUAUAUAUUACCAAAGUUCUGGGACAGUGGGGAGAAUCUUGAGGCCGAACCACUGCCAGAUGUAUUCGUCCACACCACUGUGGCUCUUCUUGAUAUCACAGGUUUCACUGCCUGGAGUUCUGUUAGAGAGCCUGUUCAGGUAUUCCAGCUCCUCGAACAGCUCUUCCAAAACUUUGAUCAGAUUGCUCAAGAAAAUGGGGUGUACAAAGUUGAAACUGUCAGGGAAUCUUAUGUUGCAGCAACAGGAAUUCCGAAGCCCCAGUCAGAUCAUGCUGUUCUCAUGGCUAGGUUUGUUGGGCAGUGCAUGAAGAAGAUGCCCAAGUAUUUGAGAAAACUUGAGAUUCAGUUUGGGCCAGACACCUCAGACAUGUCCCUUCGAGCAGGUCUACACAGUGGUCCAGUCACUGGAGGAUUCCUGAAGGGCAAAGGCAGCCGCUUCCAGCUGUUUGGUGACACUGUGUCUACUGCCUUCCUAAUCCAAAGAUACAGUGUAUCUGGAAGAAUUCACUUGUCAGAAGAAACAGCUGCUUUGCUGGUGAAGGCCGGGAGGAAACCAUGGGUCAUGGAGCGAGAAGACAUGGUUAACACUGUUGAAAAGGGAGAGCUCAAGACCUACUGGCUGAUCAAAGGUGGGCAGUUCUCUGGUUUGGAUUAUCAAGACUGCAGUGUCUUUGCUGCAUCAAGCGUUGCUGGCAGUAGUGACGCAGAUGGCGAAGAAGAGCUUGAGUCCCUUCAGCGAUGGAUUGAGUGGAAUGUGGAAGUAUUUAAAGGGAUCCUCAAACAAAUUUUAGCCAGAAGAGCAGCAUUGCUGCGGGGAUCCAGUGAGCUCUUUAGUAAAGCUUCUACAGACAUCAGUGCUGGGUCUACAAUGCCACUUGAAGAAGUGAAAGAGAUUAUUGAGUUACCCAAGUUUGACCGGAAAGCUGCUCGCCGUCAACGUGAGAAUGAUGAUGUAGAAGUCCCAGAGGACGUUGUUCAACAGCUCAGAUUGUUCAUCACUGAGGUUGCUGAUCUGUACAACAAUGACAACCCUUUUCACAACUUUGCUCAUGCUAGCUAUGUUGUCAUGGCAAUGACGAAGUACCUCAACCGAAUCAUUGCUGCUACUGAGGUUGACUUGGGUGACAAUGAGGAGCGGUUUAGGAGUAGUGUCCAGGCAGCUCUGCAUGACCAUACUUAUGGGAUUGCAUCAGAUCCCCUUACGCACUUUGCUUGUUUGUUCUCAGCGCUCAUUCAUGAUGCCGACCAUCCUGGAGUCCCAAACGAUCAGCUUGUGAAGGAAAAUGAGACUGCAGCGCGAAGGUACCAAAAUCGCUCUGUUGCUGAGCAGAAGUCCUUUGACAUGGGAAUAGAUUUGCUCAAUGAGGAUCGAUUUGAGGCACUCAGGGCUACAAUCUGUGUCAGUCCUCGGGAAGUGAGCCGAUUUCGAGCACUGGUUGUGAACAGUGUCAUGGCCACCGAUCUGGGUGACAAAGAGCUCAAGGCACUCAGAAAUGGCCGAUGGGAGAAGGCUUUUUCCAAUUUUGGUUCAGACUCCAGCACAACUGAAACUUUUUCUGGUGAUGAGGAAAAGCAAAGUCCAGUCCCCAAGACUCUAGAAGCUGUCAACAGGAAGGCCACCAUUGUUAUUGAGCACUUGAUCCAGGCUGCUGAUGUUGCACACAUGUCCCAGCAUUGGAUGAUUUACAGAAAGUGGAAUGAGCGGCUCUUCCGAGAGAUCUACAAGGCUUACCGAGAGGGCCGUGCAGAAAACAGCCCAGCGGACGGCUGGUACAAGGGUGAAAUUGGAUUCUUUGACUUCUACAUCAUUCCUCUAUCCCAGAAGUUGAGUGAUUGUGGUGUCUUUGGUCCCACUAGUGCAGAGAAUCUCAACUACGCUAGAAACAACCGCAACAUGUGGGUCAAGGAAGGAGAGGCCAUUACAGCAGAGAUGCUGGCCAAGGUGGAACGGGAAUACAUGGAAGACGAGCCAUUGUUGGCUGGCGAGGUAAUGGGGGAGAUUCCUUAA